CUGUGGCGUCGGCGAUUCGUUUCGUCAGUCCUCAGCUUGGUGCGCAGCAUGUCGUACAAGAUCAGCUACCCAGCGGCCGCCGGCCCGCCCAAGGUCACCCAGCACUGCAGCGCCUUCCUGUCGUCAAGAUUCGGCAUCCCCUGCGCGGCAGCCGAGCCAGAUCCAGCAUGCAGCAACGUUGCCCUCACUCUCCCAAGCGGCGAGUCGUUCCACUCGACGGACAUCAAUGUGGCACGAUGUCUGGCGAGGGAGGCUUCGGCGGUGGCGGCAGAGGGCGGCCUGUAUGGCACUGAUGCACUGACAGCCAGUGCUGUAGACAGCUGGAUUGACUUCAGCCGCGACAAGAUUGGCUCGUCCCUGCCGCCGUCCGGUGACGUUCUGUCGCGCCUCAACGCCCACCUGUCAGAGCGCACCUUCCUUGUCGGCCAUGCACUCACCAUCGCCGACAUUACGGCGUUCACUGCCCUCGGCGGCCCCCCCUCACCAACCUUCCUGGAGCCCUUCCCACACGUCCUGCGGUGGUGGGAGAACAUAUGCGUGGAGCUGCUGGGGCAGAGUGCUGCACCAGCUGUCCGCGACCCUACUGCUGCUGCCGCCAACCCCGUAAGCGGUGUGGGGGGAGAGGUGGGCAAUGGCAAUGGCAAUGGGAACGGCAAUGGCGGCGGGGAGGUCGGUGCGUCGACCAACUUCAUCAAGCAGAUUGUGGCGGCUGACAUCGAGAAGGGCGUGCACAAGGAGGUGGUGACCCGCUUCCCGCCUGAGCCCAACGGCUUCCUGCACAUCGGCCACGCCAAGAGCAUCUGCCUCAAUUUCGGGCUGCCCCAGGCCUUCGGCGGGCGCUGCCACCUGCGAUUCGACGACACCAAUCCCACCAAGGAGGAGCAGAGGUUUGUGACACACACAAGAGCAGACCACAUCACAGACAGCAUAGAGGAGGAGAGCGGGUGUGGAUGGAUGGAGUGGGCUGCUGUGUGUGUGUGUAUAUGUCGGUCAGGUACAUCGAUGCGAUAGAGGAGGACGUGCGAUGGCUGGGCUUCGAUUGGGGCGAGCACCUCUACCACGCCUCCGACUACUUCGAGCAGCUGUUCGAGUGGGCCGUGCUCCUCAUCAAGCGCGGAUACGCCUACGUGGACGACUCGACCAACGAGGAGAUGCGGGCGAUGCGCGGGGACAUCACCAAGCCCGGGCAGGACUCGCCAUACAGGAACCGGUCGGUGGAGGAGAACCUGGACCUCUUCAUGCGCAUGAAGGCGGGCGAGUUCGACGAGGGCAAGUGCGUCCUGAGGGCCAAAAUCGACAUGGCCAGCGGCAACAUGAACAUGAGAGACCCGGUACGUAGAUUAGGUGGGGGGCGGGUGGGGUGUGUGGGAGGGAGGGAUGGAGGGAGAGAGGCAAGAACAGAACACACAUGUUGAGACGCGACAUACCAUACAGUGUCUGUCUGCUGUGUGUGGUUGUUCGUUCACUGUAUGUAUCAAUCAGGCGAUCUACCGCAUUUUGAAGCAGUCGCACCCCCGCACGGGCGACAAGUGGUGCGUCUACCCGAUGUACGACUUCGCCCACGGCCAGUCGGACAGCGUCGAGAAGAUCACCCACUCCAUCUGCACCCUGGAGUUCGAGCUGCACCGGCCCCUCUACGACUGGCUGCAGGAGAAGCUGGACAUCUUCCGCGUCAGACAGAUCGAAUUCGCCAGGCUCAACAUGACCUACAUGAUGACUUCCAAACGGUGGGAAAGAAACCGUGGACUGACUGCCCGAUCAUCCGUCCGUGUCAGCACACAAAGGAAGGAGCAUUCUCUGUGUGUGUCUCUGUCUGGUCCAUCAGGAAGCUGCUGGCGCUGGUCCAGGAGGGCCGUGUGAGUGGUUGGGAUGACCCACGGAUGUCCACACUGAGCGGCGUCCGGCGUCGCGGCUACCCACCGGCAGCCAUCCGCAACUUCUGCGAGAAGAUCGGCGUGGCCAAGCGCGACAACCUCAUCCACAUCGAACAGCUUGAAAACUGUGUCAGGUAUGUCACAGAACACACACAUAGACACACACAUGGAUUUCUCGAUGGCUUCUUUCUUCAUUGAAUUCAUGUGUGUGUCGUGUCGUUGAUUUGAUUGCAGGGAGGAGAUGCACGUGACGUGUGAGCGGCGCAACGCCGUCCUGGUGCCGCUGAAGCUGGUCAUCACCAACUUCCCGGAAGGCCUCGUGGAGGAGGUGGACGCCCCAAACCACCCCGAGGACCCCGACACGGGCACCAGAAAGGUCGGUCAGCUGCCCUAUAUAUGGAUGUCAUGUCGUGCACGCUCUCCCUUAUCCCAUCAAUGUGUUUCUGUGUCUGUCGGCAGCUGUCCUUCGCGCGCGAGCUCUACAUCGAGAGGGAUGACUUCAUGGAGCAGCCGAGUGCCAGGUUCUUCCGUCUCGCCCCCGGCCGUGAGGUCCGCCUCAAGUGCGCCUACUGGAUCAAGGCCACUGACGUGAUCAAAGACGGCAACACGGGCGAGAUCGUGGCCGUUCACUGCACCUACGACCCGCAGACCAAGGGAGGCGAGGCGCCGCCAGACGGCCGCAAGGUCAAAGGCACGCUGCACUGGGUGUCUGCGCACGAUGCCAAGAAGUGAGUGAAGUGGGCUGAGAGAGAUACACACAGGGAGCAAGAGGCAAGCAAGACGGUAGGCGUGUGCGUGUGUGUGUGUAUGUGUGUGUGCAGAGCUGAGUUCCGUCUGUACGACCGUCUGUUUGCGAAACCUGACCCUGAAGAGGACGUGCCUGAGGGAGGCGACUGGCGGGACAACCUCAACCCAGAAUCACUCAAGGUGACGUGACCAACAUAACCAGACAGACACCCACCCACCCACUCCCACACUACACACACGUACGUCACAGAAAGAACCACCUCAUUAUAUACUCUUCCGUCCUCUCAGGUCGUGCACGGGCUGACCGAGCCCUCCCUGGCCACCGCAAAGCCCGGCGACGCCUUCCAGUUCGAGCGUGUGGGUUUCUUCGCCGCCGACCCCGACACGGCCACCGCCGGCAUGCCCGUGUUCAACCGGACCGUGACAUUGCUGGCGGACAAGGGCAUGACUGACGAGGUGGAUCCCGUCAAGGAGGCCAGACGGCUGGCGCAGGAGAAGGCGGCCGCCGAGCGCCAGAGGGUCAAGGAGGAGCGAGAGCGCAAGAAGGCCGAGAAGGAGAGGAAAAAGGCACUGGCGGGAGCGGCAGCCAACGGGUCUCGGGCUGCCGACAGCAGUGGCCCGGUGAAUGGAGCCAAUGGGCUGGCGGGAGGGGGAUAGAUAGAUAUGACGUCAUGGGAUGUGGUGCUGUACGUGUGGUGGGUUCGUUCUAUGCUUCUCUCUCCAUCCUGGCUUUUCGUAAGGCGUGUCCACCUCUGUCUUGACCCAAGUGCGUGUGCUGGGGUUCAAGACAGCGGACGACGCGAUUGACGAUACGCCAGGACGUGGGCGUUCACCAAUGUCUGCGUGCGUGUGGCGCCCUAUAUAUGCGAAUGACCGUUUUUGCUUCAGCCAAACAACUUUUUGCUUGACAACAGAAGGGCUUGACUGGGUUUACCUCCAUUGUAAACAAAC